CCCGCGCCACUGCUCUUCUCAGCCUGGAGCGCGGGCGGGGGCGCCUGGGCCGACUCCGGAGCGGGAGCAGAAACCGACCGUGCAGGUUUCGGCUCCGGGCUCCUGGUCUGACCGGGGUAACGGCGGGCAGGCAAGCAGCGGUGACUUGGGGGUGCGGGCGGCGGGGACGACUCGUAGGCGGAGCGAGCUGGGCAGUAACAUCCCUGGAUUCAUGUUAUCUCACGCUUCAGGAGACACUAACGGGUCAUUUGUUUCGCGUUGACCUUCAGAUCGUCACCUCUCUCGGGUUGGAGCAGGCAUUCUGCAUCUAUUUUUCACCGUAAUCUGACAAAGGACUGAGCUUGUGAAAUAAUUUCAACCAUGACGAAAAGGGAAGCAGAGGAGCUCAUAGAAAUUGAGAUUGAUGGGACAGAGAAACCAGAGUGCACAGAGGAAAGCAUUGUAGAACAAACUUACACCCCAGCUGAAUGUGUAAGCCAAGCCAUAGACAUCAAUGAGCCAAUAGGCAACUUGAAGAAACUAUUAGAACCAAGACUACAGUGUUCUUUGGAUGCUCAUGAAAUUUGCUUGCAAGAUAUCCAGCUGGAUCCAGAGCGAAGUUUAUUUGAUCAAGGAGUAAAGACAGAUGGAACUGUACAGCUUAGUGUACAGGUAAUUUCUUACCAAGGAAUUGAGCCAAAGCUAAACAUCCUUGAAAUUGUUAAACCUGCGGAAACAGUUGAAGUAGUUAUUGAUCCAGAUGCCCACCAUGCUGAAGCAGAAGCACAUCUUGUUGAGGAAGCUCAAGUGAUUACUCUUGAUGGCACAAAACACAUUACAACCAUUUCAGAUGAAACCUCAGAACAAGUGACAAGAUGGGCUGCCGCCCUAGAAGGUUACAGGAAAGAGCAAGAACGCCUUGGGAUACCCUACGAUCCUAUACAGUGGUCCACAGACCAGGUCCUGCACUGGGUGGUUUGGGUAAUGAAGGAAUUCAGCAUGACUGAUAUAGACCUCACCACCCUCAAUAUUUCAGGAAGAGAAUUAUGUAGUCUCAACCAAGAAGAUUUUUUCCAGCGAGUGCCUCGAGGAGAAAUCCUUUGGAGUCAUCUGGAGCUUCUUCGAAAAUAUGUAUUGGCAAGCCAAGAACAACAGAUGAAUGAGAUCGUUACAAUUGAUCAGCCUGUGCAAAUUAUUCCAGCGUCAGUACAGUCUGCUACACCAACUACCAUGAAACUUAUAAACAGUAGUGCGAAGGCAGCUAAAGUGCAAAGAGCGCCAAGGAUUUCAGGAGAAGAUAGAAGCUCACCUGGGAACAGAACAGGAAACAAUGGCCAAAUCCAACUGUGGCAAUUUUUGUUAGAGCUGCUUACUGACAAGGAUGCUCGAGACUGUAUUUCUUGGGUUGGUGAUGAAGGCGAGUUUAAGUUAAACCAGCCAGAACUGGUUGCACAAAAAUGGGGACAACGUAAAAAUAAACCUACAAUGAACUAUGAGAAACUCAGUCGUGCAUUAAGGUAUUAUUAUGAUGGGGACAUGAUUUGUAAAGUUCAAGGCAAGAGGUUUGUGUACAAAUUUGUCUGUGACUUGAAGACUCUUAUUGGAUAUAGUGCAGCAGAGUUGAACCGUUUGGUUACAGAAUGUGAACAAAAGAAAUUGGCAAAGAUGCAGCUUCAUGGAAUCGCCCAGCCAGUCACAGCAGUAGCCCUGGCCACUGCGUCUCUGCAAACAGAAAAGGAUAACUGAGCCCAGGACCUUCUGGGAGUCCAAGGUCUUUCUUAAAUAUUAGAGCAAGUGUUGCUCACACUUUAUUACUGAAUUUGGAUUUUCUUUUAUUUCUAGACUGUACAAUCUGAUGCAUGAUUUUUUUUAUAAAUAUUUCAUACUCUUGUGAAUUUGGAUCUUUUUACUUUGAGCAUAUAUUUUAGAAUAUGUGUAUGUUAAAGGAUCACCACAAUGUCUUCAGCGUGAAGGGCAGAGUCAUUGUGGGAUAGUUUGUUAACAGUCAGGAAAGCUAAACUGGUCAGUAUUAAUGUCUAGCCCUACCAAAAAUAGCCAGUAGCAUCUGAGGAUAAAAAAUUAAGUAUCUCCAGGAAACAGUCUGGCUUAACUAUUUUUGAAAAUAUAUUUUUCCUCUCUGCUGCUUUAGAUGUUACUUUACAUAGAAGCAGAAAAUGCAGUUUUUCACAGCUAAAGCAUGUGUGCCUGUUUCAUCUAAUCAAGCAGAGUUAAAAUAUUCAAAAAGUAUAAUAUUAAUAAAUUACUAAACUAAGAGUUAUCAAGUUAUUAAUUUAUAUAUUUGCAAGCAGAGGAUAGUAAGUUGACUCGCAGAAGAACAGUGCUGAAGAAGGAGAUCCAGGUUUAAAUUUGGCUUAACUUAAGCUAAUUUUAAGGAUUUUCUGUAUAGUUUAUUCAUAAUGUCAGGCCAAGAAUUUAAAUUAUUUCAAGAGGCAUUUAAUUCUAAUAAACCAACUAUUACAAAAAUUCUUAAACGAUCUCUGUUUUUCCUGUCAGAGAUUUAAAAAACAAAAAAGGUAUACCUCAGCCAGAAAAUAAAAGUUUAGUUUGGUUUGAUAUGGCUUCUUUAAAAAAAAAAAAAAAAAAAUUAUAGUGCUGGUUUAUCAUGCAAAAGCAGCUAAUUUUUUUGAUGUGAAGACUUUAAAUCAUCAGCAGUAUCUUACCUUUCAAAGACAUUAGUAAGUUACUUGCAAGUAGUUUUAAAAGGAAAAUUUGACCUCCAGUUUAGGUAGCCUUCUCUUUAAGGAAAAUUCCACUUAAUUUUUCCCUUUUGAAUAUUAUAUGUGAACUUACAAUUAUCUGCAUACAUGUCAAAAUCACCUCGUGUGUGUGUAUGUGUAGACAUAUACGAACAUGUACACACAUACAUAGGAAAAUGGUGAUGUUCAAAAGGAAAGAUACUUCAAAAGAUGUAAGGCUAUUUCUAAAAUUCCAUAAGAAGUUGAUUAAUUCCUCUGUAUUUGAAACUACUUACCACAGCUAACACUAAACAGAAAUGGCUAGAAAUGUCUUUCUUGCUCACUUGCUGGCUUCCUUUGCUUUUUAUUUUCUUUUUGUGGUCUGUUUUAAGGUGUUAUGUGCAAAUCAUGAGAUACUGGCGAGUUUUAAUCCUGUUAUAGCAGAUGAUUAAUUCUCAAAUAAUACUUUAUGCACCCUCUCCCUCAUUACCUCUAACUUCAUUCCUCAAAAUAGCUUUAUCAGAGCUCAGUGAAUGCUUCUGACUAACAGGGAGGAAAGGGCCAUGUUAAUCCACAUACAGCAGGGUGGUGGCAGCAGUUGCUGCUGCCAGUACUGAAGAGUGGCUUGGAGGGAACCAGAGGAAGCAGGAACUUAGGGACAGAGGGGAGGGGAGCUUUGUGCUGUCUCUCCUGGUAACCUCAAAUCAUAAUUUUAAGUGCUGUGGUAUCGGAUGACUAUAUGUAAAGUCUGUUCCAUUUAUAACAUUGUAUUAAGUCCUUUAAGACCCUGCAGUAGAUAAUCUAAAAAAAAAUGAAGUUUGUAACUUCCAUUUUUACCUUUUUAUAAAUACAGACUACAUUGGCACAUUAUUAGUAUAAUUUGGUGUUGUAAUUGCAGGAACAUCUAAGUAGAAUAGUUAUAUAAAAUAAUAUAUAGGAGCUCUAGUUUCAGAUAAGUUAAAAGUUUUACAUCAUCUUAUGGCCUGGGAAGGUUGAUAAGCUGCUUAUAAUUUUUAAAAAAUAAAGUAUACUCUUCUGGUAUAAUAUCAAGAGCUUAAAAAUCUUUACUUUUAGAUUUAAAAUGCUUUGGGGGAGACGUUAUAUUCAAAUGUUAGCCAGAAUGUUUCACAUAUACAUAUAUAUGUACGUAUAUAUGUCUAUUUUAGGCAGAAAACACCCAUAAUUUUUAGAUUCCUAAAAUUAAACCAUUAUUUUUCUCCUUUAAGCAUUCCUUUGAUUCCAUGGGGGGGGGGAUACAUUUUCUAUCCUUUAUUUUCUUUUAUUCCUCAUUAUAAUUUAAACAGACAGUUCUCAUAUAUGAUCUGGUGCUGUUUCUUUUUAUUCUCUUAUCUUAUUCACCGUAACAUAGAUAAAGUAAUGAGACUAAUUUCCCCAGUUGAUGCAAGAACUCCCAUUACUUUCUCUCAAAGUCAUUACAACUAUCAGAAAUUCAGGUAGUCUUAUUGAAGGAUACAUUGUGUCAUAAAGAAAAUAGAAUUCAUGCAGUUCAUUCUUUGCUGUGUUUUUAUGAAUGAAUUUGCUAGAGAAUUUAUGAUCUGCCUUCAGAGGAAGACAGAUUAUAAUUAUUUUUGUACCUUAAAAGUACAAGAAUAAUUAAAUUUUCCACUUUUGUUUUAAAACAUGUUCUAUUGGAGGUUCUUCUGAGCUAACUUCAAUACUUAUCUUGCUAGCCUGAUUUGGGAAAUUUGUGUUAGCCUCGGGUAAGACAAGUGAGGCAGAAUUGUGUGUGGUUUGCCUUCACAGAAGCUAAAUCAUCACAUUGUUUUUGCAAUCCAUGUUAAACAAUUAGGAAAAAUUGUUUUGUUUUCUCCCCUGAUUAAUGGUGAGACCUAAGUGUGGUUCUGCUUCCUGAAGUACCUCCACACGCUGCUGGUGGGUCUGCUGGUUUCCACAUCAUCACCAUAUGCUACUGCUAUUUAAGAAGAACUUUUAGUGUACCUUUGAAGUAGCACAAAAAGGGUUUAAAAUUCGUAAUUGCAAAACAACCUGCAACUAAACGUCUUCAGAUCUAGAGGGUGUAAAAAUAUUGAUAUUUUGGUGAUAUUUCACUUGCUGCCAGAAAAAAAAAAAAUACUCUCAAUCUUUUGUAAAAGGGAGGAGGGUUUUUUGCAUACAUUUUUACUCUUUAAAUAAAGACACCUAUAAUGUCAUAAUAACAAUUAUGUAUUUCUUUGUGGUUUUUAUUUUUUUUGUAAUUUUGCAUAAGACAGUU